AUUUAAUCUUGAAACAUUAACUCUUGCCUUAUCUUCCUUUCACCUCUUCAUCGGUCAAGUGCUGACAUCAAAACAAUUCAGUCAGUCUCACAUCUACAUACACAUCCCGUGUUGAAUGCAAAUGGAAUGCAUAUAGCCUCUUCUUGGUCCUAAAAGAAAAAAGGCCACGCAUGGUUCGUCGAAGACAAUCAACAACAAAACGCAAAGACGUUCCUCUUGACCACAACGACGACGACGAAUACAAUAAAGGGCACAAUAACGGAUAUAGAGAUCAACAAGGGGAAGGUUUUGAACAAUUAACGCUAAAGCAAAGUCCAGAUCAAAUUGAUCAAUCACCCCACCUCUCUCAACCACGUCCUUCGGGUCACAACGUACGCAGUUCAACAACUGCCAUCGAUAUUCCAAACCCAGCGUCAAUAGACUCAAAUAUAACAACUGAGAGAUCUGCCUUAUCAGGUCAAGGUGCUCAGUACAGCCCAAGCAAUCUACCAAACAGAUAUCCAGCCAAACUGUCGCGAUUCUCAGAAGGCUUCGGCCUAAAACCGAUUGGCAGUGGAGGCAAGGCGAUCAACGGAAAACGAUCGGAUAGUGUCGAUCUUUCACAAGCAGAAGGUGGUGCAUUUUUGGCAAACAUUGACGGAGAACCUGGAAGUGGACAUCUUGGUUCUUCAAAGAAGAUGGCUUCUCCUACCAUUAUGGCCGUUUUCGUAAGAGCAUUCAAAGGUCGUAGACUUUUCUUGGGUUUAAUCGCUCUCGUUGUUCUUGCUUUGGUGGUCUUGGGCCCACAGGAUAGACGAGAACAAGUGGUGCAAAAGUCUAAAACUGAGUUAAAUAAGGGCUGGCAAUUUGCCGACGAAUACAUCGAUAAGAUCAAUGAUAUGAGAAAAGGCAAGCCUGCUCCAACCCCAAAUACACCUGCCAAAGAUCAGAGCGGUUGGCACGGAAGCGAUGCAAAGUUGGCCGAUGCCGUUAUCCCCAAACCCGACUCAGAGCCACACAAGAUCCAAAUACCACCUAUGGAAGCCACAAACACUGAACCUGAAGCAAAUAUCCUGGAUGCUGUUCGUACAAUGCCUCAAUUGCAUCCCGACAAGCUGAAAACCACUCGCUGUGAGACCAACAAGCAUGGUGUAUUUGACGUCAACAACGUUCACAGACCUUUGAUUCAAUAUGCAAUCAUGAUUGAUGCAGGUAGUACUGGUAGUCGUGUACAUGUAUACCGAUUCAACUUUUGCAAAGAUUCUCCAGAAUUGGAAGAUGAAACAUUCAAAAUGAUUCAAGGCGGCCUGUCCUCAUUCAAAGCAGACGCAAAUGGAGCUGCUCACUCCCUCAAACCGCUACUGCAAACGGCAAUGGAGACGGUUCCGGAAAGCUUGAGAUCUUGUACACCGAUCUCUGUGAAAGCAACUGCUGGCUUACGUUUACUAGGUGCGGAUAUGAGUAGAAAUAUCUUGGACUCGGUGAGAAGCAUGUUGGAAAAUGAGUAUCCAUUCCCAAUUGCUGAUGGACCAGGCAGAAAUGGAGUCGAGAUCAUGGAAGGAAGGGAUGAAGGUGUAUUUGCAUGGAUUACUGUUAAUUAUUUGUUGAACAGAAUUGGUUCGGAUGAUCCUGCAUCUUCAAAGGAUGUCAAGACAGCGGCUGUGAUGGAUCUUGGUGGUGCUUCAACACAAAUCGUCUUUGAACCCAUUUAUCCUAGCGACACCCAAGGCAUGCACCCUGGAGAACAUGUGUACGAGCUAAGCAACUUUGGCGGCAAGAAGUAUACUCUUUACCAGAAUAGCUACCUCGGUUAUGGUCUCAUGGAAGCACGAAAGAGCAUCAAUAGUCUCAGCUAUUUGUCUUACAGCCUUGCACACCCAAAUAUGGUCAGAUUGGGAUCCCUACCGAAAGGCGGUCUGACGAUUGGAAAAGAGGAUGCUUUGAAGGACACGCGAGUUCCAAGCCCUUGCUUUGCUGAAGGAAUGGAUAAAGAAGUUGAGAUUCGUGUUCCAGGACAAGAAAAUGAACAAAAGAUUACCAUGUUUGGUACAGCAGGAGGCUAUGAAGCUUGCAAGAGAUUGGUUGAAGUGAUGAUGGACAAGGACGCUGUUUGCACCAAGCCCCCAUGCUCGUUUGGAGGUGUUUAUCAACCUAGUCUUAUGACUGCAUUUGCAAAAUCGCCCAUCGUUGCACUAUCUUACUUCUAUGACCGGAUCACGCCUUUGGGAUUGAAUGGUACUUUCAAAAUUACAGAUCUUGUCGAACUGACAAAGAAAGCAUGUUCGUCUCCAAAAGAAUGGCCAACGCAUUUCGGUGACAAGAGCAAGAGUGAAGCAGCAAAGAAUGCUUUCGAGUUGUUGGAAGAUAAACCGGAAACCUGCUUAGAUUUAACUUUCUUGACAACGCUGCUAAGGCUAGGAUAUGAACUUGAUGAUUCACGCAGUGUUACGAUCGCAAAGAAGUUAUCCGGUAACGAAUUAGGAUGGUGCUUAGGCGCUCAAUUGCAAGUCUUACAAGAUGGUAUCGUUUGUAAGCGUGUAUAAACUUUUGGAAGUAUUUCAAGUUCAGUUUGAUUUGUAUAGAAUUGUCAUCAUUUCCUUGUAAUCUACUCUUUUGCUAUCGUAUAUCAAUUUUGAUAGACGCUUUUUUAGUUGUAUAAGUCAUCAAGCUGAAUAC